GAUCUGUCCGCGGCGGCGGCGCCGCCACCCAUGCUGCUGGCAGAGCGGCAAUGGCCGGCGCCUUCGCCUCCGUCACAGCCGCCGCCGGCAGCCGCCGUCGCCGCGGCACCCAGACAUGCAGCUUCCGCCGCCGCCGCCACUGCUCCCAGCGGAAAUCUUAUCGCCUCCAGUACGACCACCAGCAGCCUUCUGGCAUCCGGCAUGGGGCCCAAAUGCGUGGCGAAGUGCGCGUCAGCGACAAUGCUAGCGUCAUGUGCUGACGAUGCGGUUGUGGGGGAUGCCGAUGCGGCCAGGACGGUUACAACGGCGACGGCGACGACGGCCCCCACUGGCGGCGUCAGCACCGGCGAGGGUUGCAUUGUGGAAGGAGUCACUGGUGGCGGCGGCGGCGGUGAUGAUAUGGUUACCAGCAUGCGUGACAACCUGGAUGUGUGGGUCAACAGCUUUUGGGAGAUGCUGCGGGAGUCGAGGGCAUGGCAGGGCAACACGCCGCGGUCCUACGCGGAUGACGACCUUCGCUUCCUGCGCCUGGUUCGGCGGCUGGGCUCGGGCGGGGCAGCCUCAGUGUUCGCGGGCAUGCUGCUGGGGCAGGAUGUGGCGGUCAAGGUGAUUCACCCGCCCCCCGAUGUGGAUAUGGCCGCCCUAGCCGCCGCGCGGUCCUCCCUGCUGCCUCUGCUGCCCUCCACCGCCUCACCCCCCGCCGCUGCCGAUGCUGCUGCCUACAGCGCUUUCAGUGCUGCUGGAGCCGCACCAGUGCUUCCCGGCAAGACCCUGCCAGCCUCUUCAUCCCCUCAUCCGCAGCAGCAACCGCAGCAGUCGUCCGAACCGUCCUCGUCAAUACCCUCUUGUGCACCCUCCAGCAAGAUGUCGGCAGUCGGCAGCAGCCUGUACCUGGAGCGGGAGCAGUCGGCAACGCCACCUCGCAGCAGAGGCAACAACACCAGACCGG